AUGGCGCCGAGCUCGAAACUACGCGCGUGUAUGGUCUGUUCAUUCGUCCAAUCAGCCGCUGGGUUCAAGAAGAUUGGCUGUCCUAAUUGCGAAGAAUUUUUAGAAUUGAAAGGUAACCCCGAGAAGAUCGUCGAAUGUACUUCUGGCACAUUCGAUGGCACGGUCGCCAUGAUGAACCCGAAAGAAUCAUGGGUAGCGAAAUGGCAGCGAAUCAACAGCCAUUGUCCAGGGCUCUAUGCCAUCCGGAUUACCGGGACUUUGCCUGAACACGUUCUCAUUGAUCUAGAACAUAAAGGUCUUGGUGCAAUUGCUCGGCAACGUGAAGAUGACUAA